AUGGAAGCAUCCCGAAAACCAGCGUCUGACUCGCCUUACCUUGAAGACUGGAUGGCGAACAAUCAUCUCUUGGUGGGUUGGAUCAAACAAACGAUUGAUCUCAAGGUACGGUCCUCUCUUUCUACGCGAGAGAUAGCAAAGGACCUUUGGGACAUAAUUAAAAAGAGGUUUUCCCUCAAAAGUGGUGCAAGAUUGCAGCAACUUCGGAACUCGCUUGCUACUUGUAAGCAAAACGGGUCAACAGUAGACGAUUACUUUGGCCGACUGACGAAAAUAUGGGAUGGUAUUACAGAAUGCAUGAACACAAAAACAUGCACCUGCAAUAAAUGCGAAUGUGACCUCAAUACAGCGCAUGAGAAGGAGAAGGAGAUACUGCGAGUUCACGCUUUUUUAUCUGGUCUAGAUGACUCUGCUCAUGGGGUGAUUAGAUCACAGAUUUGCGCAAUCUCUCCGCUUCCAGACUUGUACAGUGUGUAUCAGACGGUGUCCCAGAAUGAAACCUUGCGUCUGAACACAACGACUGAUACUCCGGUGAUGAGCUUCACAGCUCAGACGUCUUCUAAUCGGAAAUCAGGUUCUGUUUACACAAGAGAUGUAUCGAAGCAGAACUACGGAGAAUCUACGUGCUCUCGCGGAGCACAAGGAAAUCGCGACUGGCUGAAGCAAUGCUCGCUGUGUGGAAGACCAGGGCAUGAGGCUUCAGCAUUUGGUCGUGGACGUGGCUCUACUCCCAGAGCUAACGUCACUCAAAUCAAUACAGCUGCUGUGGGAUCAAGCAGUGAGCUAACAGAGCAUGAUCGACAAGGAUUAAGUGGCCUGUCAGAUGAGCAGUGGGCUACGAUUCAGAAGCUUAUCAACACUGGGAAAUCGGCAAACAAUAUGAGUGGUAAGAAUCACGAUACACUAUGGAUUCUAGACACUGGAGCGACUGACCAUAUGUCUGGACAACUUGAUGUGCUCGAGGACAUUCGAGAAAUUACACCAGUGUCUGUGGUAUUGCCAGCAGGCGCAGAUGUCGUGACUGUGAAACAAGGAACAGUUCGAUUAACGGCUCAGUUGCUGUUAAAAGAUGACCGAGUAACGAGGAUGCUGAUUGGAGCGGGUGAACGAGAGGGAGAGGGGUUGUACCAGUUUCAAGGAAUGGAGAUCGUGAAGUCCCUACAUUCUGAACUUAGUAUUGAUUUGGUGUUAUGGCAUAAUAGGAUGGGUCAUCCGUCUCUCCAAGAGAAAGAAAUUGUUCAUGAGACAUCUUGUGUUCAUACACCUCAACAGAACGGACGUGUUGAACGCAAGCACCGACAUAUACUGAAUAUUGCACGAGCACUCAGGUUCCAGGCAAAGCUUCCUAUUGAGUAUUGGGGAGAAUGCGUACUUACAUCGGCGUACUUGAUCAAUCGGACACCUUCUGCAUUGCUAAAGAACAAGACUCCGUUUGAAUUAUUGUUCGGACAUGAACCUGGCUAUAAGAACUUGCGGGUUCUAGGAUGUCUGGCGUAUGCUCAUAAUGGUGAUCACAAAGGCAGUGGAUUGACUAAAAAAUCUGAUCGUAACUUGGUAGCUGCUCCUCCUGGAGUAGGUCAUGACAGUGAUAGUGAUGAAGAUGAUGAAUCACCACCUUCAACUAAUGAUGCGCUGUCUCCAAAUUCUACAACUACAAAUGAAAGUCAGAGUAAUGCAACGACACCUGUUCCAGUGGCAAGCACUUCUGAGCCUCAGGGUAGAGGACAUCAACAGAAAUAUACAUCUACUCGUCUUAAAGACUACGUUGUUCAGAGAAAACACUUGGACUUUGUCAUGGCUCUCUCGGCGACUAUGGAACCACGGUCGUUUAUAGAAGCCAUGAAAGAUGAGAGAUGGGGAGUUGCAGUCGACUGUGAGAUAACAUCGUUAGAGAAACAAAAUACAUGGCGACUUGAGCACUUGCCUCCGGGGAAGAAGUCACUAGGUUGCAAGUGA